AUGGAAUACUACGCUCGUAUCGGGCGAAAGCAAGCGAGAGAGGGCGAGUGGCUUUUGACUCUAGCUGCUGGGAGUCUCGAUCUGCCCUCUAUGUCUUCUCUCGUAGCCCAACUCCAAGUUGUGCAAAGCCUCGAUCGGCCAAAGAUGCAUGUCAUAGCUAACGCGAUUCGCGACAGCUUUGUGUUCGUUCACGGCUUGAAUCCACGCGGACGCAAUGAUCACCCCUUUCAAACCUGGACGCACGCGAACGGGAAGUUCUGGCCAAAGGACUUCCUCGCCGAGGACAUCCCAUAUGCGCGCAUCUUCGUGUACGGUUACAAUUCGAGCGUCACCAAUCCCCAGAGCAUGUCGACAGCCAGCAUCAAGGACCAUGCGAACACCUUGCUCAAUCUACUGGACAUGGAGCGAAGCUCUCAGAUGGCAUUGCUGAACGCAAAGGAAGAUCCAAAAUAUGGCGCGAUUCGAGUGUCCACAUCUGGUCUGGUAUUCUUCGGCACUCCCCAUCGGGGCGCAAAGGCCGUCGAACUGGGGAAGAUUGCUGCUCGUGUAGCUCGUUUCGUGUCUACCGGCCACGCAAGCAACGACUUACUGAAUUGUUUGGAACAUAACUCCUUGUUCACAAGGCAAAUGAGUGAUCGCUUUCGGCAUCAAUUGGAAGACUAUCGAGUCGUCAGUUUCAUCGAGGGGAAGGAAGUCCUCUUAGGGGGCGUGGGCCCGACUUCUGUCAGUCAUCUGGUUGUCGACGAGGAAUCGGCCGUCCUGGGUCUAUCGGGCCUCCGCGAGACUCAGCUCAAGCUAGACGCCGAUCAUUCUCAAAUGUGUAAAGUAGGAUCUCGAGGUCCAAUGUAUAGGCUUAUCGCGGGCAACAUCAAGCAGCUUGUUGACCAGGCUCUGCUUCACGAGCACGGCUUUAUCCCCCAGCCUUCACCCGUCCCACAAACAGGUAAUGGCGGCCCUCCGCCUCUUCCGCCACGAAUGCACUUCAACAGCAGCGCUCCAUAUUCUCCUCCACCGGGACGAACUAUUGAGUCUGCGCCCAAGAUUAUUGGCGAGCUCUAUACCCCCCUUGACAAAGAUCCUCGAUCCAUCAAAUCUGCGCAGCUCAAGAAUGCCGAGAAAUGGGACGAAGCUAGAAACGUGGACUAUGAGGUUUUCAAUGAGCAUCUGAGAUCUCUUGGUGCCGAUCACGCAAGCACACUGACAGUUGGAUAUCAGCUGGCUGAGAUUGAGUUCCAAGCAAACUACUUCCAGAAAGCAACUGAGUGGUGUCAGUGGGUGAUGGAUAACGCCCGUCGUGUUUUUGGAAAUCAGCACGCACUUCCAAUACGGGCCGAGAGUCUCAUGAGUGAGAUUGUAUGCCAGAGUGGGAAAUACCAAGAAGCCGAGUCCAUCGCUGCCAACGUGCUAGCCCGUCAACAGAUGAGCAUAGGGGAAGACCAUUUGGACACAUUGCAGACAAGGCGGCGUUUGGCCAUGGCGUACAGUUCUCUAGGUCACCAGGACAGGGCCGUUCAAGCUUCUAGGAAGGUGACAGAGUCUCUGAGACGCUUGCUGGGUGAUAAUCACAUCCUGGUCUACUGGGCUGUACUCGAUACCCUCGAGUACGCGACUUAUAUUCAGGGAGCUGAAGAUGUUUCUACGCGACUCUUGUAUUCCUCCGAAUUGAAGGAGUCCUUCCAGCUGCUUGCCGGAAUAUACGACGAGCUCCGUACUCGACUGGGUGACCGGCACCCUGUCACGAUUCGAGCUUUGUCAUUGCACGCGCGCGCUCUCGGGCGGUCAAAGCAGACACUGGAAGCCUCCGAAGUCUAUCGCCGAGGACUCGCAAUUUGUGAAGACACCCUAGGACCAGAUCACCCGUUGACGAUGAGCAUUGUGGGCAGUAUCGGUGUAAUGUAUGCGCUACAAGCCCAAAGGCCCUCAUAUCUGACCACUUCCACACCGUCAGAGGCUAUUCCAUGGAUGGUGCGGUAUCUUGGCUGGGUAGAGCAGCGACGCGGCCUCGAAGAUCCCGAGACGCGAGGCUCACUCGAAAUCCUGGGGAAUCUGCACAUGGCCGCUAAUGACUAUGCCACCGCCCAGGCCUACUUUGAACGUGCUUCGGCAGCAUGCCGGGGAUCGCCGGACGUGGUUAUGCAGCAGAGAAUCUCGAAUAAUCUCUCAUUGUGUCAGUCAUUCAACAGUAUCAACAGCCUGAUGCCCAGCGCUAGUUACGGUUCCGGACUUGGAGACUUUUUUUCCCAGCUCAAGAAGCAUUGA